AAUUUCGUAGAAUCGGAGAGAUUUGAGAGGAGAAGGAAGGAAGAAGAAGAACGAUGGGGUACGUGUUGAGGGUAAGAUUGGCUUCUUUCUUCGCCGGAGCUGCGACUGCAUCUUUUAUCGGUCUAUCUGUGCUCUACAAGGACUACAAGGUCGCUCAUGAAUCGAUUUCUCAGCAGGCAAAGUCUUUUCAUGACUCUCUGGAUAGAAGAAUCUCUACUCUCGAAAGCUUGAGACAAAGUGAAGCUCCUCAGCUUGCUGAGACAACUGAAUAGUAUCUGUCUCCACAUUGACACUCUCUGCUUGGCAAUGAUGUUUUGAAGUUGAGAUGCUCUUUUUGCGCUUUUAUGAAUAACUUGGAAGUUCUUGUACGACUCUACUGUUAUAAAACAAUGAGGUUUAAGGUGUAGUAGUCUACAAUGGACUGAAACUUUUAUUAACACUUCUCAUGAAAAAAGUUUAUGUUCCAUUUUGGAUUAGAAAUCA